AUGGUGUACGAUUGGGCAGGGAAGCGGGACAUCUGCUUCCAGAUGUACAUCCAAGAGAAGAAGGCACUGGAGGAGAUCAUGGAAUACAUGAGGAACUACUAUCAGUUUUCCCCAAGUAAGCGCGCCUUUCAGACUCAAUUCAAACGAUGGGGAUUCCCUUCGAAGCAAAACCCCGCUCAUAAGAAUGUUGAGCUUGUCGCCCGAGUGAAGCAACUAUGGGAACACAACACGAAUCAACGCGAUAUGCUUCGCAUCCUGAACGACGAGGGCUUCGAGAUUAAAGAACGAGAACUAAUGCGCGUGCGCGCGAAAAACCGAUGGUUACUUCGGGUCCCCAAUGGGAUGAAGUCCCAGCCGAGUCCGGUUUCACAAGAGACGCGGGCCGAGGACGAAGGGUUAUUGGCUCUUCAACAAGAGGUCUACAAGCAAGACGUGAUAUUCGAUCCCACAGAGCCCAUGCCUACCGAAUUGCCUGUAGACCCUGCAGAGGGUGAUCCCUCUGAACCGGGUUUAUCACCAGAGGUCAUAGCGAAGCGCAAGGAAAGGCUGGAUCGUCUCAAGUCGGAGAGUGAAGAGCGAUGGGCAUCCAGGAAACGUCGACGUCGUACACGUGGCUGGGCUGGACUUCCAGCAGACCCUCCAGGACCACCCCGGUUCCCGUCAGAGACUACGAUCGAUGAGAGUAAGCAAUAUCUCAAUCUGGACAACACGAUGUAUCGUCAACUACGCGAACGCUUUCAGCAGAUAUGCGAAGAAGCUGGAUUUAUCAAGAAAACAAUUGCAGGCCCGGAAAAAUGGCAAGCGGCAAAGGACAAAUUGAUUCAAGAAUCUACACAUCUUCAACAGGUCUUUAAUGCUGAACCUAACGAGCGCGAUGCGAAAGUCCUCGCUUUAGAUGUUGUCUGCACAGAUGUCACGAAACGAAUGAGAACGCUGGAGAAAAGAAUGACCAUCGCCGAGGCUAAGAAUGCUUUAGGAAUCAAUCCAGAGGAAAGUCGACUGAUUCGCAAUGCUUUCUAUGAUACUCUCAAACUCGAUCAUUUCACAAGUAAACUGGAAGCAGGCGAUGAACACUGGCAGGAGUUGAAGGAGAAUUGGAUUCGAGGAAAUCCACUGCUACAGCAAAUACUUGAGCCAGGACAAGCCGACCCGCAUCAUUCGGAUAAGCUGAAAGCCCUGGAGGUUCUCUGCCGCGAUGUGAUGAAACGACUACGCGACGACCAAACAAAACGGGACCCUGCUCGCAAGCGAUCUUCCACACGUACUGGCCCGUCUCAGUCCGAGCCGGGUGCUCCAGCUCCUAAUAUCCUGGGUAAUGAGAUUAGCAACGGAAUAAGCACCCUUGCAUCCCAGGCUCUCGCAAGUGCGCCAAUCAGCGCUAGCGAAAUCGGUGAUAUGCAAAUCGAUCCUUCGCUACUUCAAGCAGCCAAUGAACCACCUCCACAAUUCACAGGCAACCCUCAACACGAAGCAGCCAGUGCAUUUGAAUACAUGGAUCCGAUGAUUCACUCCGCAUUACUCAACACUUAUGUGAAUUUCGAGAUUCGGGCUCAGGGUGUUUUACCCGGUGGAUCUGCGAAAAGCUGGAGUGAUAAAUUAACGACACGAACCAUCGAGGAAAUCCGUCAACUGACUGCUGGUCGGUAUCCGUACUCAGUUAUCAGUAAGAUUGAGGGUGUGGAUAAGGAUGAUCAUGGUAAUGAGGCCUCCUUCAAGUUUACCAUUCAGGAGGAUCAUGAAUUGGAUGCCUAUUUGACGCAUCUACAUGAACGGAAACCUUUGCUUGUGCUGACAUUAGGUCAGAUUUAG